UUCCACCCAUAUUGUAUCUUUUCUUGACCACCAUUUCGUUUUCCAGAAGGUAGGGCAUGAUAAGUUGUUGGAAUUACCACUCAAAAGCUUUUAUGCGUUAAAUUAAGUCGCAUUAGUCAGGGAGUGUUUGUCUGGGGAAGUGUCUAAGGACACAAAAAUUAAGGGAUAAACACGUAACUUGAACGCAGAUCAGUUAAGGUUUUGCCUGCCUGGUAAUUUGCUGAUUGAGCACGCGACUUCUGCAGCAUAGAAAACGGAGCGUGCCAGCACACAGAAGACAAAAUGAGUGCUGCCUCCUCUCAGAAUGUUGUACUGAGAAGCACCACCAAGCUGUCCCUGAAUGAGCGCUUCACUAACAUGCUGAGCAACAAGCAGCCCACGGCAGUCAGCAUCAGAACCGGCGUGCAGCAUCAGCGUGCCGCCAGCACCCGGAACCGCCGGCUGGCCCAGCAGAUGGAGAACAGGCCCUCGGUCCAGGCAGCCCUGCAGCACAAACAGAGCCUUAAACAGCGACUGGGGAAGAGCAACAUCCAGGCCCGGCUGGGGAAGCCCGUGGGGGCGCUGAGGGGCGUCCAGGGCGGGCGUGGUUUUGCGCUGGCAGGACUGCGAGGGAUGAGCCGCGGAGGACUGCGAGGCCGGGGGGCCCGCGGAGCAAACUUUGGGGGGACCCUGUCCCCAAGAGGAGCAGGCCAGAUUCGUGGCUGGGGCACUGCAACACGCCUGGGACUGCAUCGCGGGCUGAGGCAGCGUGGGAGCGUGUUCAGUCGUGGCGGGACCUUUAGGGGCCGAGGAGCUUACGGUAGCCUGGGAGAAAAAGGCCGUGGUGGUGUGACUGUGAGGGGUCGUGGUGGGUUUGGGGGUCAGGGCCGGGGUCGGGGACGGGGAAGGGGGGCCAGCCGCCCCGUGGUCACUCGAGAGCAACUGGACAACCAGCUAGAUGCCUACAUGUCAAAGACCAAAGGGCACCUGGAUGCCGAGCUGGAUGCCUACAUGGCUCAGGCCGACCCUGAGGGCAUGGAGUAGAUGGAGACGUCGCCAAACGAAGAUCCCCUGCGUGGCCGACACAGGAACUGUGUGUGUGUGUGCGCGUGUGUGCGCGUGUGUGUGCGUGCGUGUGUGUGGUCAGACUGGUGACCCAGACUGGCACCUGCUUGGUUGCUGCCGCCUGAUCUGACAUCGAAUGGCCUGCGGCAGCAACUAACUGCACCUGAAUGGGGACCUUGCAGAGGAGCAUGCUGCUACAGGAAGCGGCCAUUCUGAAUUAGUUAGAUCAGCUUCCUGGUCAAAGAGGGGUGCUAUGGCCUGCAAACUGGCCAGGCUGUUGAUCUCUCUCUCUCUCGCUCUCUCUAAUUUAUUUUUAUUUUUUCUAAUUCAAAACAUUAUCUAUGCUGUUAAGGGAUGUUUUUACAGAAUGGGAGAAACAUCAAGAAAUUAUUAUUGACUAUAGUUAAAUGUGUUUCUUCUAAAGAAAGGUCUAGAAGGAUGUAGUCUUGCUUUUAAAUAUACAAAACCUUUGGCUUACAGAAUUGGGUCUUUUUAGACCCGAGUCCAGGUACUUUUUUUUUUUUAUGCUGGCUUUUCUGGUUCACUUGGUAUCCUUUUAAUAUUUAUGAUUUUUAAAAGCUUUUUGAGAUUUUGUUUUGUAUCAAGGAAGGUGGUGCUUGCCCACUCGUACACGUGCAAACUGCUGGUGAAGAAAACUAUAAACCAUUUCUGCAAACCUGACGAAUACCAAGCAAGUUGAUACUAAUGCUAAGGUUCUGGAAUCAUUUUGGAAUGAUCACUCUCUUGAAACAAUCAUGUACUGUUCAAGUUAACAGGUAAUUUUCUAUAAGAUGCUGCAUCAGUUUUAUUGACCUGAUGUAGCAUUUCUCUUAAUGCAACUAUCAGUCCCCCCAGACUACAGAGUAAUUAUUUUACCAGAAUGCAAGAUGGAGGGGGAAUGUGAUUGACUUCUGUUUUUGUAUUUUGCAGAAAAUGCAUUUCAUUUUGUAUUGAAUUGUUUGUUCUGCUUGGUUUCAAUAAAAGACAAACAUUUCAGAUG